CGGGUUGGGCGCUCCUUGCCCGGGGAGCCGCGGGCGGACGCGACGCGGGGCAGCUCCCGGGGCCCGGGCGGGGCUGUCCGGGGCGGGGGCAGCCCCAGGGACCCCCGCUCAGCGCAGGGAAGGUGCCCCUGGGCCUGUGCCGGCUGUGGACCCCCCGAGGAUCCCUGUGCCCGCCCCGCUCGGGCGGAUGUGAGCUGGAGGUAUGCUCGGAGGGGUCUGUGACCUGCCCCGAGGCUCCUCUCCAAACCCCUCUGGGUUCAGUGUGUGCUGUCACAGACCCGGCAGCUGUGUCCCCUGGGCAGGAGGCGGGUCACAGCCCUGCAGUGACUCCAGCGUGAAGCAGUCCCUGGUGCCUGAGGAACAAGGAGAUGAAGCCCACUCCCUUGGGAACUGCCGCUGAGCAGGUCCUGGGGUGUGCCGGCAAGCACGGAGCCCUGCUCCGGGUACUGCCUGUGCUUUGCCCCUCUGACAGGGACAGCCAUCACUGGGGUGCUCCAGGUGCCACCGGGACACAGCUCUGGAGCAGGCGUGCGGCACCCGCGGCUCUGCACGGCCGCUCCCGUGGGCAGCAUCCAGGGGCCCCGCGGCACCACGAUCCCGUUUGUCCUGAUUCCUGGGGAGGGAGGUGCAGAGGCCUGAAUGGCUGAUGUCGGGAUUAGCCAGGUGGUUUUCCAGCCUGAUGUGUCUGUCAAGUGCUGUCCCUGGCCGAGGGCUGAGGAUGAAUCCCGGGUGCACGUGCCGCUUGCGAGGCAGGACGCGCGUCAUGAGUGUCCCCGGGUUAAUGGCUGGCAUCCCGUUCCACCUGCCAGUGUGCCGCCGGCACCCACGGCCCGCCUGCCCACCGGGCUCGGCUCCGCAGCCACAGGCAAAGCCAGGGCUCCGGGGUGCCAGCCGGGCUCCGGGGUGCCAACCGGGCUCCGGGGUGCCAGCCGGGCUCCGGGGUGCCCGCUCUCCCGCUGGCAUGAAGACCUGGUCCCGGCGCAGCGCUGCCUUCGACUGCGCGCCCCAGCCGGCAGCCUGCUGCCCCGACUGGAUGGCGGAGCUCCCCGACGCUCUGCCCCUGUCCCGCCUCUCCAUCCCCGGCACCCACGACUCCCUCAGCCUGUUCGGCGGCCGGCGCCUGCGGUGCCAGAGCUGGGGCCUGGAGGCUCAGCUGGCGGCCGGCAUUCGCUUUCUGGAUGUGCGCUGCAAGCUGCGGCGGGGCGAGCUCGGCAUCUUCCACCUGUGCACGUUCCAGCGGGCCAGCCUGCGGGGUGUGCUGCGCCGCACGCUGCGCUUCCUCCGCGCCCACCCCGGCGAGGCCGUGCUUAUGCGCAUCAAGGAGGAGCUGCCCGGCCGCUCCCGGGCCCGCUUCGCUGCCCAACUGCGCCGCUGCCUGCUGGAGGAGGGACAGGGAUGCCUGUGGUGCCGGGAGGAGGUGCCCACGCUGGGCCAGGUGCGAGGGAAGAUUGUGGUGCUGGAGGCGCUGGCUCGGGACGUGCUGGGCAUCCCCUACGAGCGGCUGAGCAUCAGCGACGCCUGGAACGUGCUCUCGCUGCAGCGCAAGUGGGCCCGGGUGCGGCGGCACCUGGAGAAGGCGGCCGGAGGAGACCCCGGCACCAUGUACCUCACCUUCUGCUCGGGCAAUGGGCUCUUCACGUGGCCCGAGGAGGUGGCCCGCUUCGUGAACCCCCGCUGCUGGCAGCACCUGCGGCGCCGCGGGCAGCCCGUGCGCUGGGGGGUGCUCAUCAUGGACUUCCCCGGCUCCGGCCUUCUCCGCCUCAUCGUGGACAGCAACUGCCCGAGGGGCAAUGGACGGGACACAGCGGCCCCCCGCAGCCCCACGGUGCGGGCACAGAGGGGACACAGGGACACGGGGGACACGAGGGACACAGGGGAUACAGGGGACAGGCGGCACAGAGGGGACACAGGGGACACAGGGGACACGGGGGACAGAGGGGACACAGGGGACAGAGGGGACACAGGGGACACAGGGGAUACAGGGGACACAGGGGACACAGGGGACACAGGGGACACAGGGGACAGGCGGCACGGCCCUGCGCACUGGCCCUCGGCAGGGACGCUGCCCCCGUCCCCGCGCCGCUGCCCCAGGAGCUCGGUGCCUGGAGGACACAGGGGGGUUUCUAGGUCGUGCAGAGCAGCGGGGAGCCUUCGUGUGACAGCGGGGUGACAGCGGUGUGACAGCAGGGUGACAGCGGGGUGACAGCGGGGUGACCGCUGCUGGGAGCGGGGCAGCCCGGGGAGCUGCGCCCUGCCCCGAGGAGCCGGGUUCGGUGCCGGAGCGGGGCUGGGCCAGCCGAGCCCCACAGGGCAGCAGGGAUGGGGGGCACAGGACCUCCUGCCUCACCUCCUGUCGGGCCAGUGAGUCCUCCCAAAAUGCCUCUUUGCAAAAGAGUCCUUUUCCUUAAGGGCAAAUAAAAAUAAAAAGAAGCUAGGAAAGCACUGCUUAUGUUGCCUUGCCAUUUCCUGACAGAAAAGGGGGGAAAAGACCUUUGCUUUGGCUGCUUAGAUGUGAAGGAGCCUGUACCCCUCUGCCCACGGAUGAAGCGCAGUUAAAUUGUUCUCUGUGACCAUCUCGCUCUUAAAGCACAGUUGCAAGAGGUCACAGGAGUAAGAAUUAAUUUCAAAGGUGACAACAAGUGGUUAGCAACAUCCCUCCCCUCAUUAUUUUAGCUUUUGUUUCUUUCUUGCAGGGGUUUGCCCCAGGAAUCAGGACUCUCAGGCAGAGCCAACUUCAGCAAGGGCCACUCACCCUGUGCAUGGAGAGCUGGAUGGCCCCAGAGGCAGCGAUUCACACGGGGCUGUCCUGUCACUGCAUGCACUCCAAGGGAUGCUGCAUGGGCAGAGCCCAGCACUCUGCAACAGCUGGGGCAGUGCAGACAGGGCAGUUUGCAGAUCCACACUAGCAAGGUGCUUGAGGCAUAAAAAAGACUUUAAAACAUGUUGUUCCAUGCCCCACCUGAAGAUAAUAAAUCACUAAUCUAAAUAGACAACAGGAUAACUCCUUGGAGCAGAAAGGUAACCAAGAUCCCAGGGGGGAAUCAUCACCCAGGAGGGUGAUGGCAGCAGCCGAGCCAGACAGGCUGUGUGCUGAAGCUGGGAGGUGAGAAAGAGAGGAACUUUUAGAAGAUGAAAGCUCGGCCCUGGCCUGCCAGAAGGUGAAGAAUGUCCUCAAAGUUGCUUCUGUAUUGGGUGAAACACAGCUGGGCACAGUGCCUGCUGGGGGAGAUGCCUCAGGGUUUCCUGGCCAGAGGAGAGGAUGCCUUUUGCUCUGCAGCCCUGGCUAGAGACACGGCUCUUGGUGCUGAGCCUGUUCAGCUGCUGCCCAGGGAGGGGAGCAGGCAAUAGUACACAGCGGGGACAGAGGUGACAGGCAGAGGAGUCUGGCUGUGUUUGCCAUGUGAGACAAGGCUGAAAUCUCUGCAUUAAACCAGGCAUGUGACAAAAGCACUGGUGGUGUCCAGGGUCCAUUGGCUGCCGUUGCCUCCCGUGCCUGGGCUGUCCCCACACCGGGCCAGUGUGGCUGGUACCGCUGUCCUGCCAGAGGAUGGGCUCAGGGCCAGGUGGGUCAGUGGCUCGUCUCAGCAUCCCAGGAGUGCCCAGUGCCAUGGAGAGCCAGGCAGGGCACAAGCACAGCAGCCACAGUUCCUAGGAGCUGUAGGCUGGCUGGUUUGGCUGUCCCUUAGGGCUGCCCCUGGAGGUGGCACGUCCCUGCAGCUGUCCCCAGCACCCCGUACCCACCCUGUAGCUCGCUGGCAGGGCAGAGGUGCCGCCCGGGAUUCCCCGGGUGGAACUGGUUUACGCCCUAUCGCCCAAGCAGUGAGAUAAUGUCAGUGUUCUCUGUACCCCAGGCAUCCUGUUUGGCAAAGCCUCCU